AUGGCGCCUCGUCGUCGCCGUGGUGCCGGCAAUGAUGCCGGUGAUGAUGGCCGCUCUGACGUCGAUGUGCUCAAGAAUCGCCCGCCCAACACAGCGUUUCGCCAGCAGCGCAUGCGUGCUUGGCAAUGUGUGCUGACCCCGAAACUCAUUGUCACCAUCUUCUCCAUCCUAGCCGCCAUUUACCUUGGAUUUGGUGCCUACCUUACCUAUCUAGCGUAUACCGUUCGGGACAUUCGGGUUGACUACACAGACUGUGCGAGAGAAGCGCCAGAGGGGCGGUUCGACGAGAUGCCCGAAAGGUAUAUUUCCGCGCACUUCUCGGGGACAAACGAGAGGUUCAAUCCCCUCAAGGCAUUGUGGUUACGGGAAGAACGGAAGUUGGAGGGCUUCCCGAAGAAUCGCACUUACUGCAGAGUGCGCAUCAACAUCCCGGAGGACCUGAACCCCACGAUCAGCUUCUUCUAUCACCUCGAGAAUUUCUACCAAAACCAUCGCCGCUACGUCAACUCGUUCAAUGCCAGGCAGCUUCUAGGUGACGCCGUCGAUGGUCGCACUAUUAACGAGUCUACCUGCGAUCCAAUAACCUACGAUCCGAAGGGCUCGGGCAAGAUUGUCUACCCUUGCGGUCUUGUGGCCAAUUCGAUAUUCAACGAUACCUUUUCGGACCUGAUGCCCGUGGAUGCAAGCACGGACACUGCUGUUCGGGAGCAAGCUUAUGUCAUGUCCAACACUGGCAUCGCCUGGCCUGGCGCCAAGGACCUGUACGGACUUACCCAAUACUCGCGCGACCAGAUCGUGCCGCCGCCGAACUGGGAGGACCGGUAUCCGGACGGCUACACGGAGAAGCAUCCAGUACCGGACCUCAAGCUGGACGAACACUUUCAGAACUGGAUGAUGCUAGCGGCGACGCCUAAUUUCUAUAAGCUUUACCAAAAGAACGACAGCGCAGUCUUGAGAGCUGGUCAGUACGAGAUUGAAAUCGAGUCCAACUUUGACACGAUAGUGUACAACGGCCGCAAGGCAUUCGUCAUCACUACCAUAUCCGCUCUCGGCUCCCGCAACAUCUGGCCAGGUAUAAUCUUCUUGAUUGUCGGUGGUAUUUGUCUGCUCCUCGAUGUCUACUUCAUCCUUUCCUUCUUCCUGUGGAAGCCACGAAAGCUGGGUGACCCGUCCUAUCUGUCUUGGAACCAGCCAUCUGCGGCUCAGGGGCAUGCUGCAUCAUCAUGA